AACAAAACAAAAACAGUUGCUAAGAGCCCACAUUAGAACCAACUUGUCACUGUGGUCCAAAAAUGGCUGAGGUGGCACAAGUUGAGGCUGUGAUCGGCUUGAAAGGUGUCCGACGUAAAAAUGAACACGGGAGUGAUGCAGACGCCAAGAAUGAUGGGCUAAAAAGCAAAGCGAUGACAAAUGUGCUGGACAAAAAGACUGGGGUUCCAGAAAUGAAUGGCACGGAACAGAAGGGAAGGGAGAAGGAUAGUGGUGAUAAGAAUAGAAGAAGGAAAACUGUUAAGGCUGCUGAGUCAGAGGAAGCCCCACCUGACUCAACUGAGAAAAAUAUUUCUGAUGUUAUGCUUAAAAAGGAGAAACUGCUCAGUUCCAGAAAACCCGUGGCCAGAAGCUACAUACCCAACACGAACAAAGACAAGGGCGAUGUGACGGGAAAGUUUGAGGCUCUGCAGAAGGCCAGGGAGGAGCGCAGCCGGCAGAGGAACAGGGACGAGCAGCAGAAGAGGAAAGAGCAGUACAUCAAGGAGAGGGAGUGGAACCGCAGGAAGCAACAGAUAAAAGAACUUCUUGCUUCCAGCGAUGAGGAAGAAGAAGUGAAGCCGGCAAAAGUGGAGAAAUCCUACGUCCCCAAAAUCACAGGUAGUGUAAAGGGGAAGUUUGCUGAAAUGGAAAAGCAAAGGCAAGAGGGGGAGAGGAAGAAGAUGGAAGGUGAGAGAAAGCGGAGGGAAACCCAGGACAACAUGGAAAAAGACAAAAUCAAAAGGGAAUUGGCCAAGAAGGCAGCUGAGGAAGGAGAUGACACCAUCCUGGUUCGGGUGGUUCCUGCUAAGGCAUCCCGAGCUCCAGGCAGAAUCAAGAUGAACUUUGAGGACAUGGAGAAGAGUCGAGAAGAGGAGCUAAAGAAGUCAGCUGAGGAAGAAAAGAAGAGACGCUAUGAUGAAAACAGACGGUCUUUCAGGGAGGCCAAGCGACGCUCGAUUGUCCCAGAGGAGGAAGAGGAAAAGACUGUGGAGAAGGCGCAGAUGUCUCCAGGAAAGCUGAAGAUGACAUUUGAAGAAUUGGAGAGGGAAAGGCAGGAGCAGAAGAGAAAGCAAGCUGAGGAGGAAGCCAAGCGCCGCCUGGAGCAGGAGAAAAAAGCUUUUGAAGAGGCCCGAUUGGGAUUGGAAGAAGAUGAGGAAGGCCCUCAGGCACCACCCCCAGACGACAAGGAGAACGUUCGGCCUGGAAAAUUGAGGUUGAGCUUUGAAGAACUUGAGAGGCAGCGGGUUGAGGAGGAGCGCAAGAAAGCUGAAGAGGGGGCCAAGAAACGAAUGGAAGAGGAGAGAAGAGCUUUUGCAGAAGCCAGGAAGAGCAUGCUUGUCGACGAGGAUGACGAGGCUUUGAUGGCCUUAUUGAACCUAGAGGGCAGCGAACCCGGAAAGAUCUGUGCCAGUUUUGAGGAGCUUGAGCGCCAGAGAAGAGAAGAAGAGCAGAAGAAGGCAGAGGACGAGGCAAAGAAGAGACUGGAAGAGGAGAAGAGACUCUUUGCUGAGGCACGCAAAAGCAUGGUUCUCGAUGAUGAGGGUGAAUUGGUGAGGACCGAAUCUCAGGAGGCACUGCACCCGGGAAAACUGGAGAUGAACUUUGAGGAGCUGUUGAAGGAGAAGGAGGAGGCCGAAAAGCGGCGCAAAGCAGAGGAGCGCAAACAGAAAUUGGAGCAAGAGAAGCAGGAGUUUGAGCAACUCCGACAAGAGAUGGGCGAGGAAGAAGUGAAUGAAAGCGCCAACGUUGUAAACAGAGAGUACGAAGAAUUGACGAAGCUCAAGAGGACGGGCUCCAUCCAGGCCAAGAACCUGAAGUCCAAGUUUGAAAAGAUCAAGCAGCUGACUGAUGAGGAGAUUCAGAAGAAGAUUGACAUGGAGCGAGCUCGAAGGAAGGCUGUCGACGAUGAAAUUAAAGAGCGAGAAGCUGAACGUUUCCAGGAGGAAGAUGAAGACAGUCAAAAUACUUUGUCAAGAGGGGAGGAGUCUCCAUUCAAACAGAAGGUGGACAUGCGAGCCAGGUUUGAACAAAUGGCCAAAGCCAGAGAAGAUGAGGAGAAAAGGCGGAUAGAGGAGCAGAAGCUACAGAGAAUGCAGUUUGAACAACAGGAGAUUGAUGCUGCUCUCCAAAAAAAAAAGGAGGAUGACGUAGAGGAUGAGGCAAGCAUUGUGAAUGGCUCCUACGAGGACGAUGAAGAUCAUGCCAGGUCGGGUGCCCCGUGGUUCAAAAAACCACUCAAAAACCAGUCAGUAGUGGACUCGGAACCUGUCCGCUUCACUGUCAAGAUCACUGGGGAGCCCAAGCCGGAGGUGACCUGGUGGUUUGAGGGAGAGUUGCUCCAAGACUGUGAAGACUACCAGUACAUCGAGAGAGGGGAGACGUACUGCCUCUACCUGCCAGAGACCUUCCCUGAGGACGAGGGCGAGUACAUGUGCAAGGCAGUGAACAGCCGAGGCACGGCGGCGAGCACCUGCAUCCUCACGAUAGAAAGUAAGACUACCCUGGUGUGACUGCAUGCCUGCAUGAAACAUCAUUCUGGCACUCCAGCCUCUUUUUGAAGUGGACCACUUGCUCCUCUUCUUCGUUAAGUGAGCCACAGGUAACAGCGCCUCUCUUUGUGUUUUACAGCUUAUGACUACUGAGGCUCUUCCACCUGCUGGAAACUUUCCCUGUUGUCUUUCUUUUUUUUAAAUAAUAAAUCAAUUGUCCCUCAUGGUCAAAAAACAGAGGGACGCAAUAGCGGUAUGCUUGGCAUUCCUAACAGAGAGAUAUACAAAAACUCAAAAUUGCCGAAUGUUUACUUAUUAAUCAGUUUUAAAGCUGCACUCCCUGUUAAUAUAGGAUAUGACCUGUGCCAAAACACCCAAUGAGAUUCUUGCAUAAGUCAAUAGGUUGUUCCCAUGUUAUGCUGAUCUUCUGUCACAAGACUAUAUAGUACAAUUUAAUUCAUGACGUAGUUGUGUCUUUUUCAGUAUACCAGCAGAUGUUGUGAUGCUAACCUGAAGUCUCAGUGACUUCAUCACUAUAUUAUUCAUCACUUACAGCAAAUAUAAAUCCACAGGCAUGAUCCUCUUGACACAGAUAUGACAACAUCCUCAAGCUAGUUUUGUGCUAUAGGAAAAAAAAUGUAUGUUUUAAUCGAAAGGGUUCAGUUAUAAAUUCAUCCUCUGUAAUGCUCCUUUUUUCUUAAGUUAUUCUUACUCUUCUUACAUUUGAUAUGCUGCUGU